AUGGAGAUGUCAGAAACUGAGCUGGAGAAGACAAAAGUAAGAUCGGCUGAGCAUUUUGAAAAUGAUAAAAAUAACAUUUCUUGGGUGCAGGAAGUACAGUCCUGCAGCAUCACGCUGAGCUGGACGGUCCUUGAUGGUGGAUUAUCCAGCUCAAUUCGAAAUCCUCUUGGAGAUCCUGAUACGCAGCUCACAAAUGAAAAGCACGCCGAUGAGAAGCCUAUGAACGCUAUCGUUAUAAAUUCAGCAUCCGAAUUCAGUAUCACAGAUGGACCAGCCAAGGAAACCCUCCAUGAGAAAGACCUGUCAGAAUGCAGCACCUCACUGUCCUCCCUUGAAGAAUGCCAAACAAGCUUUUCCUACCUCCAAACGGAUCCUUCCGUUCAUCCGGGAGAUGCUGGGGACGAGUGUGCCUCGCUCAUCCUCACCUGUCUGUUUUGCCAGUUUUGGGACUGCCUCUUGAUGCUCCCGGACACGUGCGAAGCCGUGUGCACCAGCCUGUGCUGCCCCUCGCACAGGUACCACCGCCCGGCGGACGAGAACCGCUCCCGUGGCGACUGCGGCUGCAGCUGCGACUUGGACUGCAGCCUCUUCGAGUCGUGCCACGAGAGCGGCGAGUGUCUGGAGCUGGCCAUGGAGAUUUCGGAGAUCUGCUACCGCUAG